AUAAAACGGCGUGUAACUUUGACGGGUAUGCGUGCUGAAAGUUUUCCCUACCGGAGCUUUUAUGAGAUUUAGGUGCAAAGGUCACACUAUUGCGCGCACAUAGCCUUCCGGAUUCAAAGUCUGCACUCGCAAAAAAACAUAAUCAGUGAUUUUGAGUAGCAUUUCUUUACUGCGCCAAAAUGUCCAGCGUAAUCGAUACCGUGGAAAAUGAGCGGAGGAAGAAUAUAUGCUAUUCACGUGCACUGCGUACGCUGGGAGCUGCAGAAAUUUUAUGUGGAUGUUAUCUAAUCACCUUGGAUAUAAUAGCUUUCAGUACCUUCCGUUCAGCCGCAUUAUACAUCGACUUCCGAGCAUCAGGAUUAUGGGCCGGUCUCCUCUAUCUCGUAUCCGGCGCAUUAGCUGUCCACUCUGGCCGUCCAAUCAAACCAAACCGUCCCGUCGCAGCAUACCGAUGCCCAUUAACCGCCACAGUCGCCAUCAGCGCGUUGUGUACCUUCUCGGCUAUGUGCUUAUCCGUGCCUUUUGCCUACUCCAUUUCCAACACGUACGUCUACUGCAUCGUGGAAAAGGCGCACUGUACGAUCUUCACAUUGCGGUGCGCGUAUCUUGGCGGCUAUCUCAUCGCGUUCAUCCUAUCGGUGUCGCUAACCACCACGGCGGCGUUGAGCCUGCACCGACUGAUGUGUGGCGCAAAGGUCACGGAGAGAGUGGAGGCGGUGUGCGGUCCGUGUACGGCAGCAGCUGCCGUCGAGCGACGGGAUACGCAUCCACCGUAUGCACCGUAUACGUCGGUGUAUCCACCGUCGUAUUUCGGACGGAGCGAUGCGAAUCACGGGAUGGCGUUGAGUGUGUAUCCGGUGACGCAGUUGACCGGGCGGGAAAUUAUCACGGCUGUACAAGCGGGAAGCGAAAAGUCAUAAAUUAUGUACUGAAAUUGCUGCUGCUGGACAACUAAAGGACGACCGUGGUCAUUAAUCGGGCGACCAGUCAAUUAAUUAUGUUAUUGUAUACUUCUACCUUAAGUCGAGAGCGAUUCCGUUAGUUUAUGAGUUUGAAUGAACGGGAAGAACAUUUGAUUGUACGUCGGUAACACUUAAGACCGACUACUCAAUUAAAAGCUGAUGUUUUUUUAAAUAAUAAUUUUAUAUAGCGUGAGUAUGCACAGCUGUAGGAUUGUCUGAUAUUGGUAUUUUUGCACAGCUGUAGGGUUGUCUGAUACAAUUAUUUUAUGAUUUGAUUACAAUAUAAUAACUACUAAUGCGCAUAAAUGUAUGCGGCACUGUGCGAUUGCUAUACACGCACGUAGCUUGCGCCAUGUAAAAUGCUCCGUAAUCCGUAUUACCGUAAAUAUUUAUUUUGAUAACAAAGCUGGUU